CCCCCCAAGUCAUAGCAGGCGCAGCGGCAGGCUUCCCCCGUUCGAGAGCGCACGGAGACUCCACCGAGUGAUGCCACUGCUGCAGCGAGAGAGGCACCCAGCUACCGCGCACAUCAUCCUCGACGCCUGCCGGAGGACCCGACAUCACGGUCUCGGCCCUUGACAGAAGGGAGAGAGAGAGAGAGAGAGAGCGAGCCUCCCUCCCCCCAACUCCCCCCACGGCUCCGUUUUUCCCGUCCCGACUCCAGGAUGUCCGACUGCAGCGCAAGUCCCGCCGACCGGGUGAUCAAAUCGGUCCCCUUCCCCCUGGCCCACCGGCUGACCAUGAAGGAGGUGUUCGAUGCCGAGGGCCGGCCGCGGGUGGACUUGCUCAAAGCUCAUCUCACCAAGGAGGGCCGACUGGAGGAGGCUGUGGCCCUGCGCAUCAUCGAUGAGGGUGCCGCCAUUCUGCGCCAGGAGCGCACUAUGUUGGACAUUGAGGCGCCAGUCACGGUGUGUGGAGACAUCCAUGGCCAGUUCUUUGACCUGAUGAAGUUGUUUGAAGUGGGAGGUUCUCCUGCCAACACACGCUACCUCUUCCUGGGGGACUAUGUGGACAGGGGCUACUUCAGCAUUGAGUGUGUGUUGUACCUGUGGUCACUGAAAAUCCUCUACCCAAAGACGCUCUUUCUUCUACGGGGAAACCAUGAAUGUAGACAUCUGACCGAAUAUUUCACCUUCAAACAAGAAUGUAAGAUCAAGUACUCGGAGCAGGUGUAUGAAUCCUGCAUGGAGGCGUUUGAUUGCCUGCCCCUGGCAGCCCUGAUGAACCAGCAGUUCCUUUGUGUGCAUGGGGGGCUUUCACCAGAGAUCCACACGCUGGACGACAUCAAAAAGUUGGACCGGUUCAAGGAGCCUCCAGCGUUUGGGCCCAUGUGCGACCUGUUGUGGGCCGACCCCCUGGAAGACUUUGGCAACGAGAAGACCCAGGAGUAUUUUGGCCACAACACAGUCAGAGGCUGCUCCUAUUUCUACAGUUACCCAGCAGUGUGUGAGUUCCUACAGACCAACAACCUGCUGUCAAUCAUCAGAGCACAUGAAGCACAGGAUGCUGGGUACCGUAUGUACAGGAAGAGUCAGACUACAGGUUUUCCCUCCCUCAUCACCAUCUUCUCUGCUCCAAACUACCUGGACGUCUACAACAACAAAGCGGCGGUGCUCAAGUAUGAGAACAAUGUGAUGAACAUUCGUCAGUUCAACUGUUCUCCUCAUCCCUACUGGCUUCCCAACUUCAUGGACGUGUUCACAUGGUCGUUGCCUUUCGUGGGAGAGAAGGUGACUGAGAUGCUGGUAAAUGUCCUGAGUAUCUGCUCUGACGACGAACUUGUGAAUGACGGAGAGGAAAUCUUUGAUGCCAGUGCAGCAGCAGCAAGGAAAGAGGUGAUCAAAAACAAGAUCCGAGCCAUUGGGAAGAUGGCCAAAAUGUUCUCCGUUCUACGGGAGGAAAGUGAGAACGUGUUGACCCUGAAGGGACUGACCCCUACAGGCAUGCUGCCCAGCGGAGUGCUGUCUGGGGGCAAACAGACCCUGCAGAGCGCUACCAUUGAGGCCAUAGAAGCCAUCGAGACAGUUAAGGACGCAGAAGCCAUCAGAGGCUUCUCCCCGCAGCAUCGGAUCAGCAGUUUCGAGGAGGCCAAAGGUCUGGACCGGAUCAACGAGAGGAUGCCACCGCGGCGCGAUGCCGUCAACAGCGUGGGCCUGUCAAUGGGCCGCAUGAACAUGGGAGAGCCCAACGGGACGGACAGCAACAGCAAUAUACAGUGAUGGACAUACACUCCCACAUGCCCAGACACAUACCUGCAGUUACAACACUGAUAUGGUAACAUAUUUAUAAGAUACCUGUACAUAGGCAUAUAUACACCAGAAAAACAGGCAUCACACACAGACACAGUAUUUCAUACACUCAAUAGGCUUCACACAACAUCCCACACAUAUGCAAACAGACACACAUGAGUACCUACCCCCCUUCCCAUUGCCCUCAGCUGUAUGUAAAGGCAUGAGUGUACCUGGACUUUACCACCAAAGCCUGAGUCUCUUCACUGUACUGAUCGGCCCUAUUUAGAGAACUACAACUCCCAUGUCACUGCACAACAGGAAAAGAACUACGAAAACAGUCCCCAUGCUAAACAGGAGGAGCUGCAGUUCACCUCGUAUGUUGGGGAUCACCAGUGUAGGCAUGACGUGGCUGUCUGUGGUGUGUUGUGUCAGACGGGGUCAAGUGUUUGCACGUGGGGGUGGGGGGGUUGUUAAUGGCGAUCAGAGUUGGGGGUUAAGAUUUGUGUGGUUAUUUUUCCACACUUCCAAAGGAAGUGGAAGCAAACCUUCGAUGGGUUGAUUUUAUAGGGUUGUAGUUUCUCUUGCCUGCGUGCACAUGCUUCAACAUGUAACUGUCCGUGAGGUUAUAAUUGAAAAUGCUCUCUGGGGCAGAUCUCGUCAUAAAGCAGGCAGUGGGUGAGAAAAGUUUGGAUAUGCAGUGUGGUGUGGAGGUCUAUCUGUCGGCGUGAGAUAAUCUCAGCUGCCACUAAUCUGAGCCCAAGUUGACCUUUUCUUCUCGGGAGGAGAUUCCCGUUUGCUUUUGUAGCACUGCACCCAUCCUCCAGCUGAAGUGAAGUGGAGGAUCCCCCCCUCCCCGAACCAUCCACCCCCAAAAACUCAGAUCCAAGGCCAGUUAACUCUGGUGGAAAGGCCUGACACCUGGGCCGGAUCAGAUCUGAGGUGUUCCUGCCUACCUGUCAUGUGUAAAUAGGAUACAUAGAGAGGCUCUAUUGCACAUCUGAUGCAUAUGAUCACAGGAUGCACGAUGCAGUAUAGUGGAAGUAAGAUGCUUUCUGUCUAUGAGGGAGUCGGGGGGAGUUGAAAUGUGAAGUCAUUCUCUAUCCAUUCUCUUUCUACAUCCUCCUUUCUGUCUGUUCCUAAACAGCAGCGUUGGCAGGAAAUUAUAUUUCACACAGGAAACAGACUCUUCUGGUGAAGGUAGCAGCUGAGACAACAAGAGGAAUUCAGAAGAAAAGGUCUUUGUAAAGCAUUUAUAUUAACGCAUCAGUGCAUGCAGAGUUAAGUUCUUUGAUAAUAAUGUGAAGAUUAUAUUUGUGCUCUGUGUUUCACUAUAGUAGGAAUUUUUUUCUUGUUUUCUGGUUGAUAUAAAUGAACUGAGGAAUAAUGAUUAAUUUAUUUUGUACAUAAUGUUAAUUUAUUUUUUGUAUUCAUUUUGUGUUAUAUUUUUUUUCAUUUUCUUUUUCACAACCUGUGUUUCCGGUUUCUUUUGACGCUGUACAGAAUGACAGUACGCUUCUAUUCAAAGUGUCAAGUCCACGUUCUCUCCUCUCUUCUUUGUCGAUGUACAGGAGUUGUUUUUAAAUGAUAAAUAUGAAUAAUGAUAAACAAAUAUUAAACUAGCAUUGAUGAAUGACCAUACUAUAUACAGAG